AUGCUUAGGAGACUAUUACCAAUAGCAUGCUUUGUGCUCCCAUCGGUUGCCACAACCUUAAAUGACAGCCCGAUCUCUUUAGAUCUCCGCAAUACCGACCCAUUUGAGGAAAACUCGAGUGGCCACGGAAUAGUGAUUAGCAUUCUAGGCGUUAUACUUUUCAUUUGGUAUUUGGCAAUUAUCCUAGUAUCUCUAAUCGGCGUUAUUUUUGUGCGAAUCAAUAACGGCCAGUAUCAUCCACCAGCAGUUGACGUUAGGUUGCCGCGUGGACCAAUGGUGGGUGGAAAUCUUAGCAGCAGUAGAACCAACACUAAUGAUACCAAUAGCAGUAACCCAGAAUCUAAUGACGAUGAAAUCGAAGGCGUUACAAUUCUGCGGCCACUUAAGGGCAUCGACACUGAGAUGAAAUCGUGCCUUGUGUCUGCAUUUCUGCAAAACUACCCAAAGUUUGAAAUUAUUUUCUGCGUCGAAUCACAGUAUGAUCCUGCGAUUCCGAUUGCGCAAGCACUUAUUGAUAAAUUCCCUGCAGUGGACGCCAAACUGCUGAUUGAUACGGAGGAAACUCACUACGGACCCAACCCAAAAGUCAAUAACCUUGCUAAAGGAUACAAGCAAGCAAAGUAUGAUAUCAUCUGGGUGCUUGAUUCCAACGUGUGGGUGGCUGCAGGUGCCAUGUCACGAUCAGUGAUGGCUUUUAGAAAACCAGGCAGAGGUGGUCGCCGGAUAAAGCUUGUGCAUCAUUUGCCACUAUGUGUGUCGUUAGAUUCCACAAUGACGGCAUCUUGGGGGUCCAAACUAGAUGAGAUGUUUAUGUUAACUUCACACUCAAAGUUUUACACUGCGAUUAACGAGGUUGCAAUUGCACCCUGCGUCACGGGCAAGUCUAACUUGUACAGACGAUCCGAUCUAGAUGCAGCCGUAGCCGUGAAACUGGCCAAAAAAAAUGAGGAGCUUAUUAAAAAACAAUACAGACAAACGGAGAGAGCAUUGACUCCGGAUUUUAGCAAGUCUACAGAACAAUCCAUUCCUCUGUCGCCUUGUAGUGCAUCAACCUCGUCCACUUCUCUAAGUAACAACUACCCAAAUCAAGAUAACACCAUUAGCGUUUCUUCCAACCCCUUUUCCAAUGAGUCCGAGGUGCUUCCAGGAACUGGUAUUCGGAACUUUGCACAGUAUAUUGCUGAGGAUAAUAUGAUUGCAGUAUGUUUGUGGGAAGAUGGAGAUGGACGAACACGCUUGUCGAGCGAUUCUGUGGUGCAGCCGUUAGCCGAUGUAUCUCUUAAGGGCUAUUGGGACCGCCGUGUACGUUGGCUGCGUGUGCGCCGGUACAUGGUGUCUGCUGCUACAUAUGUGGAACCCACCACAGAAUCUAUAUGUUCUGGAAUUUUUGGUACAUUUGCCAUUUGUGUUUUGUUUUUGUCGACACCGGAUGGUUUACCUCGGUACUGGUCAUGGACAUGGUUUUUGUUCCAUAUGGUGACUUGGUGUGUGAUUGAUUAUUUCCAUUUCCACGUUUUGCUGGCUUUUAAAAAUAUGGAUAACGUGAAUAGACCAUACUUUGUAUCAAAAUACUUUUCGCCAUUUGCAGGACCCAUGGCGUGUCGCCCAAGAUCGCUUCAAACGUGGCUGCCUGCAUGGUGUUUAAGAGAAGUUUUGGCCUUCCCCAUUUGGCUGACAGCUAUGCUUGGUCAGGAUAUUUACUGGAGAGAUCGGCCUUUUAGAAUUUUAAAUGAUCUUAGUACAGAAGAAAUUAUAGAGUGA